AUCGUAUGUUGCUGCCCUCUACGUUCGUUGUUGUAAACUGCCUUUUCCCAUCCGUAGAUAGCUAGAGCUUGUCUGUAAAUUUUGGUCAUCCUGUCUACACACCACACCCUGGUCAUCAUGAAGACUGGGUCAUCUUACGUGCCCCAGUUUCUGGGAAGAAUGUCAUAUGAGAAGAAGGAGAUUCUUUUAAAGCUAUCUAUCCUCGUCUUCUGUAUGAUCCUCUCCUUCUCUACACGACUGUUCUCUGUUUUGCGGUUUGAGAGCGUUAUUCACGAGUUCGAUCCUUACUUCAACUACCGUACCACCCGAUUUUUGGCUGAGGAGGGCUUCUACCGGUUCCACAAUUGGUUUGAUGAUCGUGCCUGGUAUCCUCUUGGUCGUAUCAUUGGGGGAACCAUAUACCCAGGUUUGAUGUUGACCUCUGCUAUCAUCUACCAUGUACUCAACUUCUUGCACAUCAGUAUUGAUGUGAGGAAUGUGUGUGUAUUCCUAGCUCCCCUCUUCUCCUCCCUCACCACUCUGGCCACCUACCACCUCACCAAAGAGCUCAAGGAUACCGGUGCUGGUCUAGUAGCAGCAGCCAUGAUCUCCAUUGUUCCUGGUUACAUAUCCCGUUCUGUGGCUGGAUCCUACGAUAACGAGGGCAUUGCAAUCUUCUGUAUGCUGCUCACGUAUGCACUCUGGAUCAAGUCUGUGAAAACCGGAUCUGUCUUUUGGGCUGCUCUUUGCUCACUGGCCUACUUUUAUAUGGUUUCCUCUUGGGGAGGUUACGUUUUCCUCAUCAACCUGAUCCCAAUGCACACCCUAGCCCUGAUGGCCACUGGACGCUUCACCCACAGGAUCUAUGUGGUGUACUGCACGGUCUACUGUCUUGGUACCAUCCUCUCCAUGCAGAUCCCCUUCGUUGGAUUCCAACCAGUCCAGUCCUCCGAACACAUGGCUGCUCUGGGUGUGUUUGGACUGUGUCAGAUCUACUGCUUUGUGGAGUAUGUAAGGUCACGUCUGAGCACACAGUACUUCAACGUUCUCAUCCGAAGUGCUGUGCUAGUAUUCGGUGCCGCCCUAGCAGCCGUAACAGCUUAUCUCUCAGCAACAGGCAAGAUCUCUCCCUGGACUGGACGUUUCUACUCCCUCCUGGAUCCAUCUUACGCUAAGAAUAACAUCCCCAUCAUUGCCUCCGUCUCUGAACAUCAGCCUACCACAUGGAGCUCUUUCUACUUUGACUUGCAGAUGCAUGUAUUCAUGUUCCCAGUUGGCAUGUAUUACUGCUUCAUGAAGCUCACCGAUGCUAACAUCUUUGUUAUCCUCUAUGGUAUCACUAGUCUCUAUUUCUCGGGUGUGAUGGUACGUCUCAUGUUGGUUCUUGCACCUGUCAUGUGCAUCCUGUCUGGAAUCGGUAUCUCAUCUGUCCUCACCACCUACAUGAAAAACCUUGACAUCACCAAACAGGAGAAGAAAUCUUCAAAGAAAGAGUACAGUGACAAUACCUACCCAAUUAAGAAUGAGGUUGCAACAGCAGUCAUUCUCCUAAUGACUUUCUUCCUCAUCACAUACACCUUCCACUGCACCUGGGUCACGUCUGAGGCCUAUUCUUCUCCUUCCAUUGUCUUGUCGGCAAGGGCCGGAGACGGUGGUAGGAUCAUCUUUGACGACUUCCGUGAAGCUUACUAUUGGCUAAGACAAAACACGCAUGAGAAUUCCAAGGUAAUGUCAUGGUGGGAUUAUGGGUAUCAGAUAACAGCGAUGGCGAAUCGGACAAUAUUAGUGGACAAUAAUACGUGGAAUAAUACUCACAUAUCACGUGUGGGCCAGGCCAUGGCAUCACCUGAAGACCACGCUUAUGGCAUUAUGAGAGAGCUGGAUGUAGACUAUGUUCUUGUGAUUUUCGGUGGACUUAUUGGAUACUCUUCAGAUGAUAUCAACAAAUUUUUGUGGAUGGUCCGAAUUGGUGGCAGUACAGAAGAAGGCAAGCAUAUAAAAGAAUCUGACUAUUAUACACCUCAUGGAGAGUUCCGUAUUGAUAGAGAUGGUUCACCAACUCUGCUCAACUGUCUCAUGUAUAAGAUGUGUUACUAUCGCUUUGGUAGAGUCUACACGGAAGCAGGCAAGCCCACCGGAUACGACAGGGUGCGCAACACAGAGAUUGGAAACAAAGAUUUUGAGCUGGAUGUACUGGAGGAAGCAUAUACCACUGAGCACUGGCUUGUCAGAAUCUACAAAGUAAAAGAUUUAGAGAAUAGGGGUUUAUAGUUUGGUAUAGGUCAAAUAGUAUAGUACAUCAUAGUUACCACUUCCGUAAUACUAAUUUUUUUUCAAUUCCUCAUUUGGACAUGUAUCAUGUAGAAAUCAUAUUUUGGGAACAUAAUAGUCACUGUUAUAUCAG